ACGACCCAAAUUCGACUCGUUUUUAUAUUUAACAAAAUAAAAAACAAACAUACUCUUUUGUGUAUCUGCGAGAUACAAGUGCAACACUGACGCGCCACAGAAAUACACUCACACACACACACACGCAUACAAACACAACAUUUUUAAAGCGAAAAUUCAAAAUUGUGCUAUUUUUAAAAUCGUAUACAAAAUACGCUUCGGCCUCAACAACAACAACAACAACACGUCGAAUAUAUAAAUCGUGGAAAAUUCAUUAAGAAAUUGUUUUGAAAAUCUCGCAGAAGAAUGCAAUUUAGUUUUGGAUGUGAAGAAAGAAAAGUUGUUCACUCUUUUCUCGUGUUGUUUUUCACCCCCUUCCACAGCAUUUCAUUUUCCCUCCCAUUUUGUGUGCAAUUAUUAAAUUAAUAAUAAUCAACAAAACAAAAAAUUAAAUUGUGUGAAUUAAAACGAAAACAACAACAACAACAUCCACAACAACAACAACAACAACAACCACAUCAAGCAACCAUCAGAGCGAGACAGAGAAAACACAGAGAGAAAGAGAUAGAAGAAGAAGAAGAAGAAGAAGCGAGGCAACUAAAUAAAUUACACGCAUAAAUUGCGUAGCGCAAAAAGUUCUGAAUGAAAAGCGAGUCGAAAGAAUCGAAAUACGGGCUGAUAAAUUUACCGCUUCAAAGCUACAGAUGCCAACUCCAACUAAAAUCAACAAUAAUUAACACUGCCAUAUUGCAACAAAUAAAAGUAACUGACAACCACAACAAGAAGAACAACCGAAACUACCUCGUUGCUGGCCAAGCACAAAAUAAGAAUCAUCUACAAGCAACACUCAAAGAAGACAAACUUCACUCACAUUGAAAGCGAAGUCUGAAAACGCAUUUCCAAUGUAGCAGCUGCCCCCAAAGUAAAAUGGAACAACAAAUUUCCAAGACAACUUAAGCAGCAGCAUUUAUUAAGAAACAAACAGUUGAACAUCAACAAUCAGCUCACAACUAGCUAAGGAAGCAAACUAGCUACAACAAGCAAGAAAACACACACAUUACGUAUACGCAAGGUGUAACGUGAAGUCAUAAUGAAAAGCAUAAGCGAUGUUGAGGCGCCUGCAGCGCCAGCAAGCGAAACAAAUGGCCAACAGAAGCCAAGCAAUGGCCACGCCCAUGCAACACAACAACAACAACAACAACACAGCAAUGGAAAUCAGAAUGGAAAUAGCAAUGGAAAUGGAAAUGGAAAUGGAAAUGGCAAUGGACAUGGUUAUCAUCAGAAUGGCAGACGUGACUCGACACAGGCAUUUACGCCAUUGCUGGCACAGCACAAUGGCGAUGUGGUCACCAGCAGCACGGUGCCAACCACAGUUCUGUAUGAGAGUGCGCCGAGCAACAACAACGAGUGGAAGGCAUCGGAGGAUAUAAACAAUCUGAAGAACGGAUUGCUUAGCAGCAACAACAAUGGCAAUGGACACACUCACAGUGGUCACAAUGGGCACAGUCUGCGCGAGAAGUAUGCACACGAACAGGCGCCACUCACCGGUGGCUACAAGUUGCCACCGCGAGGCAGUGAAUCCGAGGAAUCCGACUUCGACUCGGAUCUCAAUGGAGUGGGAGAUGACUCUGCGAAUUGCGGACUCUUUGGCUGUCGGCCACGUUGGGCUCGACGCUUUGCCUCGACGCACGUGUUCAUGGUGGUGUUCCUGCUGGCGUACAUUCUUCAGGGCAUGUAUCAGACGUACUUUGUCUCGGUCAUCACGACCAUCGAGAAGCUGUUCCAGAUCAAGUCGAAGACAACGGGAAUUCUGCUGAGUGCCAGCGAGAUGGGACAGAUCAGCACUGCGAUGUUGCUCACGUAUUUCGCUGGACGUGGCCAUCGACCACGUUGGAUUGCCUGUGGCAUGGUGCUCUUUGCCAUUGCCGCCUUCUCGUGCGCCUUGCCGCACUUCAUCUUUGGCGAGCAAUUGAUGCAGUCGAGCGUUUUCCUGCAGCCGAAGGCGUCUUUGCAGUCAUCGUUGUCCACGUGGAACAACGCCACUGAUCCGAAUCUCUGUGUCCUGGGUGGCAAUGGCACACUUGCGGGCAGCGAGUGCAACGAGGAGCGUCAGCUGGAACAGGCUUCGCACUCCAAGAUCACGGUCAUUGUGCUCUGUAUCUUCUUUGCCAGCCUGCUCAGCUCAGGCAUCGGCCAGACAGCCGUCUCCACGCUGGGCAUUCCGUACAUCGAUGACAAUGUGGGCAGCAAACAGUCGCCCAUGUACAUGGCCGUCACCAUUGGCAUGCGCAUCCUUGGCCCCGCCUCUGGCUUCAUUGUGGGCAGCUUCUGCACCCGCUGGUAUGUGAACUUCUCGAAUCCCGGCUUCGAUGCCAGCGAUCCGCGCUGGAUUGGUGCCUGGUGGCUGGGCCCCGUGGCCAUCGGCAGCCUCAUGCUGCUCGCCUCCAUUGCCAUGUUCUCGUUCCCCAAGAAGCUGCGCGGCAAGCAGCAAGCGCAGUCAGCCAUCGCUGCUGCUGCAGCAGCCGAGCAGGAGGAGAAGCCCAAGCUGAAGGACUUCCCCAAGACUGUGCGUCGUCAGCUGAGCAACGAUAUUCUCAUGUUCCGCACAGCUUCGUGUGUGUUCCAUCUGCUGCCCAUUGCCGGACUCUACACGUUUCUGCCCAAGUAUCUGGAGACGCAGUUCCGUCUGGCCACUUACGAUGCCAACAUGAUCGCCGCCUUCUGUGGCAUCCUGGUCAUGGGCAUUGGCAUCGUCAUCUCAGGUCUAUUCAUAUUGAAGCGCAAGCCAACAGCACGUGGUGUCGCUGCCUGGAUUGCAUUCACUGCACUUGUCUAUUGCUCCGGCAUGAUCAUUCUCAUGUUCAUUGGCUGCAGCACAAAUGAUUUCGCCGGCUACAAGGCAGCCGACAGCAAGAGUCCUACAAUGAUCGAGCCCGCCUGCAGUGCUGUACUCAACUGUACCUGUGAUAAGGAGAACUUUGCGCCCAUUUGCGGCGAUGGCAAGAUGUACAUCUCGGCCUGCCACGCCGGCUGCACCAGCUCCAUGCUCCGCGGCAGCGACAAUCGCACACUCUACUCCGACUGUGCUUGCAUUCCAGAUGCUGCUGAGGUGGUCAAUGGUUACUGUGAUAAUAACUGCAAGAACUUUAUCUACUUUAUAUUGAUUUUUGCCAUUUGCGUAUUUAUGCAUUCCACCUCUGAGGUGGGCAGCAUGCUGCUCGUCAUGCGCUGUACACAUCCAAAAGAUAAAGCCAUGGCCAUGGGCGUCAUACAGUCGGCUAUUGGGCUGUUUGGUAAUGUUCCUUGUCCGAUCAUCUAUGGCGCCGUCGUGGACUCGGCUUGUCUCAUCUGGAAGACGGUUUGCGGCGAGCAUGGCGCCUGUUCACUCUACGAUGCCGACACCUUUAGGCGAUACUUUUUGGGCAUUACGGCUGGCAUUAUGUUUCUUGCAUUUCUCAUGGAUCUGGUCGUGUGGCGCAAGGCGCAUCGCAUUGAUAUUGCGCCGGAUGAACAGGAUGCCGCAACGGAUGCGCCUGCCACACGUCUGGAUGUGUCCGAAUCGAAGCAACCGAUUGCUCCGCCACCGGACACAACAGUCUAAACAAACUACUCCGAUGCAAGAUAGAAAUACACAUUGCACAAGAUUUCCAAUAAAUGUUUACCUUAAUUGUUAAUUAGUUAUCAUUUUGUCUAGUUGUUUAGCCUAGUGCAAGAGUUAUGUAUUUAGUUAAGUGGCAAAUUUUUGAACUCCUCACUAAACGGAGCCCGAAAACCUCAUUUAAAUUUAUAAAGCGCUCAGCCUGUCGUCUACAUACAUAAAACAAAAUACUUACAUAUAAUCAUGCGAUGUAAACGUGUAUUCUUUGUGUAAAUCUCAACGUUAUAGUCGAAAAAACAAACGUAUCGCAUUUCUAUAUAGAAAUUCUCUAUCUACUGUAUACAUAUAACAUUACAUAAUAUUGUAAUCUUACAGCUAAUAUUACAUAUUCAAACAUAAUAUACACAUACUAUAUACAAAAACAAAAAGAUUGUGUGAAAUAUGUAAAGCACACACACAAUACGAAAAUCUAAAUAACUAUAUGUAUGUUUUUAUGAAUGUAUCUAUAUACAUAUAUAUAUUAUAUAUACAUUUUAUAUAUAAUUGCAACCUAUCUGUGGUAGUUAAAUUUUAGUUAAAAUUCAAAAUAAAUAUAUAAG